CUCACAAGAUAAAGAUUAUAAACCCUAUAAAACCUUACAAAUUCCCACUAAGUAGACUUCUUCUUUCACAAUCCCCACCCCCAAAAACAAACAAAUCCGUUUUUUAGGGUUCUUAAUUAUUUUUCAGAGUAGAGAAUUAAUUAAUCUACCAUGGAUUACUCAGACGACGACUCAGCUGGGUAUGACUCAACCGAAGACUACAAUGACGACGGAAAAAACUUCACCAUAUUAGACGAAGCCGAAAUUCGUCGUCGACAAAACGAAGCAAUCUCUCACAUCUCCUCACUUUUAUCUCUUUCAAACGACGAAGCGAGUAUUUUGCUUUACCAUUACAAUUGGAAAACAGAGAAAUUGCACGAGGAUUGGUUCGCCGAUGAAGAUUCCGUCCGUAAUAAGGUCGGAUUGUUAAUCAAUAAUAGCGACGGCGACACUGAUAAUUGUAAUAAUUGCGAAAUCUGUUACGACGAUUUAAACACGGUGAAAUCGAUGUCGGCGUCGUGUGGCCACCGGUAUUGUGUAACCUGUUGGGAAAGUUACAUCACCGUCGCAAUCAACAACCGCGGCGCUGGUUGUUUAUCGUUACAAUGUCCGGCGAUUAAGUGUAACGCCGCCGUGACUCGAGACUUGAUUGUUAAAUUAGUUUCCGAUGAGGAUGUCGGAAAAUACGAUCGGUAUUUUAUUAGGUCUUAUGUGGAGUGCAGGGUGAAGACCACGAAGUGGUGUCCUUCACCUGGAUGUGAUAACGCCGUGGAAUUCGAGGAUUCCGGUGUCGGUGGUUCCGGUGGUGGUGGUGGUGGUGGUGGUUAUGAUGUUUCUUGUGUUUGUUCGCAUGAAUUCUGUUGGAAUUGCGUUGAGGAGCCUCAUAGACCGGUGGAUUGUGAGCUUUUGGCGAAGUGGAUUUUGAAGAAUAGUUCAGAGGCUGAGAAUACGAAGUGGAUACUUGCGUUUUCUAAGCCUUGUCCUAAGUGUAAACGUCCUAUUGAGAAGAAUUUAGGAUGCAAUCAUAUGUCUUGUAGAGAGCCUUGCAGGUACCAGUUUUGUUGGUUAUGCCUAGGGGAUUGGGGGAAACACUCUGAGUGCAACAGAUACGCAGCCGAGAAUAACAUGGACGAAAAAAUGAGGAAAAACGCAAAGGAUUCUCUUCAAAGAUACUCACAUUACUACGAAAGAUGGGCAAGCAACCAUAAAUCACGACAAAAAGCCAUUGAAGACUUACAGAAAGUGCAGACUAUUGAUCUAAACAGGCUUAGUGACAGAGUAAACACUCCAACAACGCAACUCGAGUUCAUUGUACAAGCUUGGAAACAGAUUAUCGAAUGUAGAAGAAUUCUGAAAUGGACUUAUGCAUAUGGGUUUUAUAUGGCUGAGGAUAAAAAGACAGUACAAAAGAAAGAACUGUUUGAGUUUUUACAGGGACAAGCUGAAGCUCAACUUGAGAAACUUCAUGGUUGUGCAGAAAUUGAACUGUCGGGUUUUCUUGUAGAUGAUGUUGAUGACAACGGAAACAACACGAACAACAACAAAAACAACCCGGAUUAUUAUUCAGAUGAAUUGGAGUUCAGUAUGUAUCGUAGUAAACUGAGUGGGUUGACGAAAGUGGCUGGGAAACACUUUGAGGAGUUGCUUAAAGCGUUGGAGGAUGGUUUAUCUGAAGUGGUUGUUCAGAAGAGAGGGAAGAAGUAUAACACGACGAUGAAUAACAAUAAGAAGAAGAAAAAGGAUUCUUCAUCUUCUUCUUCAUAUUCACAACCUCAGCAAUUACUCGGGCAAACUUUUGAACAACUACGGCGACCUUUUGGACAACCUCAGCAACAUCGACAACAACCUUUUGAAUUUGAUGAUGCUAUCGAUGAUGAUGAUGUUGAUGUUGAUGUUGAUGAUGAUGAUGAUGAUGAUGAUGUUAAUGUUAAUGUUAAUGUUAAUGUUAAUGUUGAUGUUUGGAGCUGUGAUCGGUGUACCUUCAGAAAUCCAGGGUCAGCUACUUCUUGUCAGAUGUGUGUAGGCAAUUGAGGAUGAAUGUUUAUUAAGUUAAAAUUUUAGUACAAUUUACAAGCUUAUUUUUUUGUUUUUUGUUUUAGGGAAAUGUUAGAUAGGGAUUAGUAUUGCAAUUUGCAAGCAUAUUUAGUUAAUAACGGUUUGGUUAUUUUAGGUUAACGGUUUGUUUUAUGUCUGUUAGCUUGAUUUCUAUUGUAGAUGUCGUAUGAUUAUUUUAUUAAUGAACUAAUUUUACCUUAAAAAAAUAGU